AUGAUACUUCCCACAUGUGUCAUUGGACUGCUGGCCAUUCCUCUAGUAUAUGCAGCGCCGCAAGCACAAAAUCAGACACCAAGCUCCACGACUGGCGUAACCGUCACAGCAGGAGGUACUGCAACAGGCCUCGCUUCAAGCCCGUCAUCAACAGCAUCACCAGACCCUCUAACAACGGAGGAGACUGCGUCCCUCUUCCAAUUGCACGAGGACUUGGUGAACAUCCCUUCCAUUUCGGACGACGAGAUCGAGUGUGCGGAGUGGCUUGAAGAGUACCUUGGUGAGAAAGGGUACUACGUCGAGCGAGUGCCGGUUACUGCGGGAGCUGAGGGCCGCUUUAAUGUGUUCGCAUACCCUCAGACAAUUCGAGAUAAUGGUAGCUGGCCCGAAGUCUUGAUCAGCAGUCAUAUUGACACAGUUCCGCCGUUCAUCCCCUUCAAGACACGUGAAGAGAACGGCACAACAUACCACUUUGGUCGAGGAAGUGUCGACGCCAAGGGACCCAUUGCAACCAUGAUCAUUGCAACUGAAAAAUUUCUCGCGUCCCGCGAUGACAGUCCCUCUCUUGGCCUUCUUUUUGUGGUUGGCGAGGAAACUGGUGGCGAUGGCAUGCGAGCAUUUGCAGAAUACGCCUCAAACACAACCUUCCGUGCUGGCAUCUUCGGCGAACCAACUGAAGGAAAGCUAGCAACCGGACAUAAAGGCACUCUUGGCUUGACACUCGAUGUUGUUGGCCGCUCCGCGCACUCCGCAUACCCUCAGCUGGGUCUCAGUGCUAUCAACUACCUCUCCAAGGCCAUUGUAGCAAUGAACAGCCUCGAACCAGCGUUACCUCGCAGUGAACUUCUUGGACCUUCCACUCUCAACGUCGGGAUCGUCCGCGGAGGGCUUGCCAAUAACGUCAUCGCGCCGAAUGCAACAGCGGGCGUCUCGAUUCGCAUCGCUCGCAGCGAGAAUGGCUCUGUAGAGAUCGUCCGCGACAUGAUAGCCGGUAUGAUCCAACCCAUCAUUCAGGAGGUCGAGGAGCGAAAUGGCACUUUCAACGCUACGUUCAGCACUGCGUUCUACCCCGCCCAGAUCCUAGACACUAGUGUACCUGGUUUAGAGGAAGCGCCUGUCUUCUAUGGUACAGACAUUCCGCUGCUGCCACAGGUGGGACAGAGGUACCUGUACGGAACUGGGACAAUUGAAGUAGCGCAUACGCCGAACGAGCAGUUGGCACAAGAUGAGUUGGUUCAGGGUGCGCAGGCGUAUGGGUUAAUAUUGAAACACUUGUUCCCGGAGAGCUGA